AUGACCGGAAGGGGCUUCGACGCGGGUCCACGAGGCGUCCCGGAGAGGCCGGGCGUUCACUACCCCGCAGUAUGGCGGAGGGCGGGCUCCACUCCGCUGGGGACGAGUCAGAGAAAGGAUGGAGCCCCCGACGCCGGGGCGACACGGGACCUGCCACCUUCACCGCGGGUGUCCCAGAGCAAACCCUGGACGCACGAAGCCGGGAGGAGGCUCCACGCCUCCCACGUUCUCCGGGCUCCUGCCCUCCCCGGGGCCGUGCAGCCGCCGUCUCCCGCCGGGCGCCCGGGGCACAGAGGCGUCCUGACCGCGGGCUCGCGGGAGCGGCCACGCUCCUCCCCACGCGCCACGCGUCCUCCCGCCGCGGGUCUCCGCGCCGUCUCUCCAGGGGCCGGGGCCUCUGCCCUCCCUGUCCCGGGCUGCCAGGGUCCUCUCCGGCCGCGGAAGCCUCCCGAGCACGAGGGCAGGACGGAGCUGCGUCCCGCGCGGGUCAGGUGCGCACGACGGCGAGCGCGUCUGCACAGCCAGUUCCCGGGCAGACGGCGAGGGCGCCCCCGAGCGCCGGGUCAGCCCCGACAGGGGUCAGCGCCUGCCUUCGGGGCCUUCCCGUGCCUCGGAGGUCUGGAGGACGGACCCCGGAGGGGCCCGCGAGUCCGGCUCCGGCCCAGCUCCAGCCGGGCCCUGCGUCUGCCCGGGUGCGCGUCCCGGCCCCGCCGCUGUGACCUCGCCGGCCUGGGCGAGGUGACCGGCGGCACGUGCCGAGGACAACACGCGGUGCGGGGCGGAUACCCGCGUCAGUCCGGCCGCGGCCGUCCGACCCGCACGGCCCUCGCGCCCUUUCCGACGGGCGGGGCUGUCCUGGGAGCCGGGGACGCCCCGCCGGCUGGUUCAGCGCCGCAGCCGAAGGCCGAAGUCCGGGCCGCGCGCCGCCCCUCCCCGCACUCCCCCGCAGCAGGCCCGAGGCCGAGCGACCCCACCCCACCCCCGCGGCCCGAGAGCGACGCGGUCCGCGGCGCCGACGGCCCGGCCUCGAGCUCCCCCCGCGACCGCCUCCGGCCCCGCCCCCGACGCCGCACGCGGCUGCGCGCGGAGCAUUGUGGGCCGCGCGGCCGACGCAGGCCUGUCGGGGUCGCACGCGGACGCCGCUGUCUCGUGCGGGACCGGCAGGCGGUGCGUGAGCGCCCGGAACUGCGGACCCUCCGCACGCGCGAGCCCCGGGCCUGCGGUCGGGCCUGCGGUCGGCCCCGCGCCCCCGAGCGAGCCACCCGGGUCCCUGAACGGCCGCCUCCGCGCGCGAACCCGCGGAACCAGCGUCCGCCUCGCGGCGCGGCUGCGGCGGGGUCAAGCCGGGUCCCGUCCCCUCGGGGCGCGCGCCCGCGGCUGAGCCUCUCGUGCGUCCGUUUCCGCGCACCCGGGGCGUCGCUGGACUGGAGGGGCCCGCGGGGCUCGGAGGGUCGGCUUGAAGACGCCGUGCGCGGCCGUGUGGACCGGCGGUGCCGCAGGACCGGGGAGCGCGGGCUGCGGCGGGAGGUGCCCGCCGGCAGCUCACUCUCCCUUGCCCCUGUCACUGCCCUCCUCCCGUCUGCCGCUGACCCUGCGGAGCGACGGGACCCCCGGCCGGGGAUUCCUCUCCCCGCGGCGAGCCUGCGGCUGGCGGCGUCCCGGGACUGCACGGGCGGGCGCACGUCUGUCUCGGAACAUCCGUCUGGGGAGGCUCUCAGCAACCGCGGGAGAAGGAGUCUCGCAGGUCCCAGACUGCCUUGGCCCGUGGAAGGAUUAGCGACGCCCCGUUCCGAGGCUGCUUUCCAGAACCGCGCGCGGGAUUCCGGAGCAGACGCGGCGGCACACGUGCUGCACUCGCCGGCCGCUCCGAUUAGUGUCUCCGGGGGGAUUUCGGCUCGGGCCCAGCCUCUGCCCCACACCACGUCCUCCGAGACGCGCCCCUUCCGGACCCCGUGUGCGGGGAAGCCGCUCCCGACCGCCGGACUCACCGGCCCGCGGAGUCGCCGUCCCGUACCGGGAGUCAAGGAGCGCCACCCGCCGGCCUCGGGUCUCGGGGCUGCGGCCUCGGGCGCCAAGAGAGGCGUCCGCGGGAGGACCGGGGCCGGGGCGGGAGACGCACCCGUGGGCGACGGACCCGCCCCGAGCCAGGGAGGGGCCCGGGGCGGAGAGGACGGUUCCGGGGGGAAGGAGAAGGACGGCGGGGAGGGCGGGAGCCCCCAGGCAAGGAAAACGGAGAAACAAAUAGGAAAUGAGGGGAGGAAGGCGGGAGGAAGAGGGGAGCCCGGGACCCAGGAGGUCACGGCCCGGGCACUACCGCCGUCUGCCAGCAGGGGGCGCCGCUCCGGCCCGCAACGCCCCGAGCAGCCCGCAGCGGCCCCGGCUCGGGAUGGGCGCCCCCUUCUGGCGGCCGCGCGGUGCUCGGGGCCCGGGGAGCUCCGGCGGGGACAGCGGGCGGGGACCGCGGACGGGGACAGCGAGCGGGGUGAGCGGGCGGAGGGGGCGGCCUUCCCGGCAGCCGCUGACCGGUCUGCUCGCCUGCUCCCGUCCCCGCGCCCCGCUCCCGAGGGCGCCCGGCGGCCGCGCUGCUGCCCCGGCCCGGGCCCGUGGACGAGCCGCCGUCGGCGCACGGCGGUCCGGCCGGUCCCUGCCGCAGCCUCCGGGAGGGCAGGGAGGCUCGAGCGCAGCCCGGGAGCGGCCGUCUGGAGCCUAGGCCGCGGGCGGCGGCGGGGGGUGCGGGGGACGGGCCUGCGGCGCGGGGGAGGGCGCGAGGGCGCGGGGACGCGGGCGGGGCCGGCCCGGGGGCCGCGGAGGUCGGCGGGUCGAGCCUCCGAUUUCGGCGCGAGGCGGCGCGCAGUGCGGGAAGCGCGGGCGCCGACGGGGCGACUCCCCCCGCUUCCUGGGACGCGCCAUGGAGGGCCGUGGGGACCCCGGACCGCGGUCGCACGCGUUCUCCGUCCCCGUCCUCGCGCCUCGGCCGUGCCCCCUGAGCGAGCCGUCCCGUCCGGCGGGGGCUCCGGGCGCCACGACAGCGCUCGGCCGGCGGGGCGGGCGCUGACGGUUCCCCCGGGGGCAACAGCGCCGUUGGCAGGGGUGCUGGGGGGAGGGGGAGGCGACGGGCAAGUGCGGCGCCGGGACGAGACACGGGGUAGAGAGUGCGGAUCCUCCUCCCCGUGUCGUCGCAGGCCCCGCCUUUGGGGUCAGUUCUCGAAGGGAAAACCGCGUCGGGAGCCGGGGGAGGGGGAGGGGCAGACGCGCGGGAAGGGGACGCGUGACGCACCUGGCAGAGAGCCAGGGGAGCGCCCCCCGUCCGUUCGGGAACGAGCGCUCCAGCGCGCCCUGGGCCGCGGUCCCGGCCGGCUGUGGGGGCCGACGGGGGUGGAGACCCGAGACGGAACCAGACCCGCCGCACCCCCGGCAAGAGACCCGCUCCCCUCCCCCGCGGUCGCGCGUGCGGCGGCCGGCGUCGUGCGGGAGAGCUGGCGCGUCCCCCCGCGGCGCAUCUGGCGGGCACGGACGGCGCUAGACGGCUCGGGGCCGGGUCCGCCUACCUAG